GAUCGUGUGUGCUAUUCAUAAAUAGUUAAUCCUUUUAUUUAAUAAAUUUUUUUAUUAAAAUGUUAAGACAAAAAAUAUUCAUUAAAAAGUCGAAAAGAAACAAUAUUUUAAAAAUAGUGCGUGAACAUUAUUUGCGCGAAGACAUACCAUGUGGGGUGGAGUUUUGCAGUCCGUGUAACAUUCUGGUUGCCAAUAAUAAUGAUCACAACUUCCACCGAACGCCUGUCUUAUUAUCAUCGUCUUCCGAAGGAAUCAAUGGCUUACACAAAUCUGCAGCUCUUUUGAUUCCUGACACGAAUGUUUUCCUACAUCAGAUGGAUGUGAUGGAGCACUCUCUGAUUGUCAACGUUGUCGUGCUGCAAACUGUUCUGCAAGAGGUUCGUCACAGAAGCUCUCCGGCCUACAAGAGACUCACGGAAUGCAUUGCUGAACCUAAAAAAAAGUUCUUCACGUUCGUCAAUGAAUUUCAUAAAGACACAUAUGUGGAGCGCGAGCCGAAGGAAUCGGCAAAUGAUAGAAACGAUCGAGCCAUUCGGCAGGCAGCAUUGUGGUACCAGCAACAUUUGAAGCAGCAGCAACAACAAAGUCUAGAGGAUGAUGAUUGCAAUGAGGAUGUUGUCGUCAUCCUGCUAACAAAUGAUGUUGAAAAUAUGAAGAAAGCAAGGAGUGAAGGCAUCAUUUCAUACACAGUACACGAAUACAUAAGCAACAUGAUGGGCUGCACUGAUCUGAAGGACAGGUUGGCUGCCAUUCAAGAAGACAUGGAAGUUGAUGGGAAGGAGAAGGACUUGUUCCCAGAGCAUCUUCCUCUCUCUGCCAUACAAAAAGGUUUGAAGAGCGGUCAGUUGCUGCAGGGAACGUUUCAGGCAAGCAGGGAGAACUACUUGGAAGCAACUGUGAACAUCCAUGACUCCGAGCAACAAGUGUUCAUUCAGGGCCGCUUGAAUUUGAACCGGGCGGUGCACGAAGAUGUCGUGGUUGUCCGCAUGCUGCCACAAUCCCAGUGGUCCCACCCGAGUUCACUGAUCGUUGAUGACGAGGGGGAGAAACCGGAUGAGGAGGAUGAUGAUGAUGAUGAUGAUCUACAGAAGAAGCUGGCGAGAACUAUGGACAAACACAAAGUACCCACUGGUCAAGUUGUUGGAAUUCUGAAGAGGAAUUGGAGGCAGUACUGUGGCAUUCUGCAAAAGUCACUCAUCAGAGGGAUGACGAGGCACUUAUUUGUUCCUGCCGAAAGAAGAAUACCAAAAAUUCGAAUAGAAACAAGACAGGCGGAACAAUUUGAGAACCAGAGAAUAGUUGUGGUCAUUGAUGGGUGGCCCAGACAUUCUAGGUACCCUCAGGGCCACUUUGUGAAGAGGUUGGGAGAGAUCGGUGAUAAGAAGACGGAGAAUGAAGUUCUCCUGUUGGAGCACGACAUCCCACACUCCACAUUCUCCGAAUCCGUACUUGCCUGUCUGCCUGCUCUGCCCUGGAUCAUCACUGCUAAGGAUUUAUCGACUCGCUUGGAUCUGCGAGAGACGUGUGUGUGCAGCGUCGACCCGCCCGGAUGUACGGACAUUGACGACGCCUUGCACUGCAAACAACUCGCCAGUGGAAACUAUGAAGUCGGCGUGCACAUAGCUGAUGUUUCGCACUUCAUUCGGCCUGGGACGGCUCUGGACUCGGAGGCAGCCAGCAGAGGAACGACUGUUUAUCUCAUUGAUAAGAGGAUUGACAUGGUGCCUGAACUCCUAAGUUCAAAUCUGUGUUCACUGAGGGGUGGGGAGGAAAGGUUUGCAUUCAGCGUUUUAUGGGAGAUGACCAGUGAGGCAAGAGUGGUUAGUUGCAAAUAUACAAAGUCCAUCAUUAAAUCUCAGGCGGCUCUGACGUAUGCCGAGGCACAGAUGAAGAUAGAUGACCCGACGCAAACUGAUGACGUCACUGAAGGGCUGAGGAGGUUGAACAGACUUGCGAAAAUUUUGAAGCAGAAAAGAGUUGAAAACGGAGCCUUGACGUUGGCCUCUCCUGAGAUUCGAUUCCACAUGGACAGUGAGACGCACGAUCCUAUUGAUGUGCAGGCCAAGGAGUUGAGGGAGACCAACUCAAUGGUCGAGGAGUUCAUGUUGCUGGCCAACAUAUACACUGCUAAGAAGAUCUUUGAAGACUUUCCAGACUGCUCCGUCUUGAGGAGGCACCCGCCACCCCCCGUCAACAACUUCGAGCCCCUCGUCCAAGUGGCCAAGUUGAAGGGCUUCCACGUUGACACCAGUUCAGGAAAGAAACUUGCUGACUCACUUGAAAGUGCAACAACAUCUGACAAUCCCUAUUUCAACACCAUGUUGAGGAUCCUGGCUACCAGGUGCAUGAUGCAGGCUGUCUACUUCUGCAGUGGCACACUCUCCCAGGCGGACUUCUUCCAUUAUGGACUCGCCUCACCGAUUUAUACUCACUUUACAUCACCAAUCAGAAGAUAUUCCGAUAUUUUGGUGCACAGAUUGUUGGCAGCCAGCAUUGGAGCAGACGCGUCCUAUCCUCAACUUCUUGACAAGAUCAAAAUUCAGAAUGUAUGCAAGAAUUUGAACUUCCGCCAUCGUAUGGCCCAGUAUGCAGGCAGGGCGUCCGUUGCCCUCCACACUCAGAUCUUCUUCAAGAAUCGUGUUUUGGACGAAGAAGGUUACGUCUUAUUUGUGAGGAAGAAUGCUCUGCAAGUCCUCAUCCCCAAGUACGGCCUGGAAGGCACCAUCUUCCUUGACAAGGGAGAAAAUAAACUGGGGGAGUACAAUGAAGAGGAAAACAGUCAGAGAUUUGGGAGCCAUGUGAUGAGGAUGUUUGACAAGGUGAUUGUGCAGGUGAGCAUAGAUGCAUCUAACAUACAACACCAGAAACUUAUCCUCAAACUCGUCUAUCCAAAGAUUGAUGGAUUAAGUGUUCCUUCAGUUAAAGAAUUAAACUGCAAGAUGGAGGUUGAUAAAAACAAAGACAAAAACAAAAAAGAGGAUGCCUUGGAUACAAGCUGGUCUAGCGUCGUUAAAAAAUGACCGUGUCAAAUAUUGUUUAAAUCUUUUUUUUUAUUUGAAAUAAAUUUUGUAUUUUUUGCGUUUUUGUUUAUGCUCGUUUUCGACAAAUAUUGAAAGAUUGUCUGCAACAUAACUUGAGACGAAUAUUGAUUUAGAAGUAGAAAAAUAUCUCCUUAGGUACAAAAACAAAGUUACUUAUGGAAAGCUGGUUUGGGACGCAUGAAAUUUUUGUAAAAGGACCAUAGAACUCAACUUUGACGGGGGUGUGUUUUGCGGCUUGCCUAAUUACAUUCCAUAACAGCGUGCCGUGCGUGGGUUCACUCAAAAGUUUGCGAAUGUGUCAAUAAAUGGAAUAUCAACGCUAAUGCUUCUAGUAAAGUUUAUGGUGAAAACAAGAAAAUCUUAUUGUGACGGAAAGGCUAAAUGCGUGUUGUCUAAGAAGUGUAGAAGCAAUAAACACAGCGUGGUAGUUUAGUUUUCAAGAAGUGUAGAUUAUUGCACAACCAAUUCCAUGUUUUAGAAAAUUGUUAUGUAUCAAUAGUUAUGGCAGUCAAAACCUACGUCUCUUGGUUAGUCUGUUGGUUCGGCCUAUAAUAGUUUGCUGAUUAAUUUUAAUACAUUGCGGUUUUGAUUAUUAUUAUUAUUGUUUUGUAUAUAUUGACAGAGGUUUAAUUUAUAUUGCUUUUUU